AUCCGUUUUAGCUUAAACAAGAGAACACAGAUGACAUGAGCAGUGCAGAACAACAAGAUGUCAAAUCACAGGAUUUAAAUUAUGCAAAUGACUUAGAUUUGUGGAGUUCCGUUGCUGCUUUUUCUACGGAUAAAAUAUUUAACAGCAAAAAUGAAUUAAUUACAUGGGCCAGAGAAACUGGGAAGAACAUAGGUUAUGUAAUUGUGAUUGUUUCUUCUUCAUCGGGAGAUGAUGGGAAAAAAGCGAGACUACGACUUGGCUGUGAACGUGGUGGGACUUACAGAACUCCUAAGAAACUAAUUAACAUAGAGGCACGACGUCGCAAGGGGACAGGAACUAAAAAAAAUGGAUGUCCAUUUAAGUUACAGGGCGUGAAAUUAGAAACGAAUGAUGAUUGGGAAGUAAAAAUUCAGUGUGGAUAUCAUAAUCAUCCACCUGCAGAAAACCUUGAGGGUCACGCUUUUACCGGGAGAUUAAGUAAAGAGGAGAACACCAUACUCUUAGAUAUGACGAAAAAUAUGGUCAAACCAAGAAACAUACUUGUGACUAUAAAAGCGAAGGACAAAAAGAACACAACUACAAUGAAGACGAUAUAUAAUGCUCGUCACAAACAUAAAAUGCUUGAGAAAGCUGGAAGAUCACAAAUGCAACAACUUAUGAAAAGAUUGGGUGAUUUUGGGUAUGUGGAAUGGCAUAGGAGAAACGAGUCAACUGACUGUGUAAGAGACUUGUUUUGGGCGCACCCGUUUUCUAUAGAUAUUUUGAAUGCCUUUCCGUUGGUUUUACUUAUGGAUUGUACUUACAAAACAAAUCGAUAUGGUCUUCCGCUAUUAGAGAUUGUAGGUGUGACAUGCACAGACCUUACUUUUUCAGUUGCUUUCGUCUACAUGGAAGCUGAGCGUGAAGAUAACUACACAUGGGCAAUGGAAAAAUUAAAAACAUUGAUGAUAUCAAGUACCAUGCCUAGUGUAAUUGUGACCGACAGAGACUUGGCGUUUAUGAAAUCUGUUAAGAAAGUCUUUCCCGAAACAACAAAUCUUUUAUGUAGGUUUCAUAUCACAAAAAAU